CUGGAUAACUCGAUAUCUCUCCAGGGAUUACCAAUCAUCACUUUAAAAGAAGCUUUUGCCUCGAGAACACUGCUAUGGCUCCUGAUUCACGCGCCAAGACCCAGGUUUUGCAUGAUUUAGCGGACAAGUUCAACCAUGCUGCGGACUUACAGUCGGAGGACCUGGAAAACGUACGUAUCGAGAAUUGCAUAGGGUUCUGCAAAGUCCCACUUGGCAUUGCAGGCCCGUUACGCUUGGCCGGAACACCCGUGCUCGACGAUAUCUAUGCCCCUUUAGCCACAUACGAAGCUACCCUUAUCGCCAGCUGCUCUAGAGGAUGCAAGGCCUUUAAUGCCUCUGGCGGCAUACAUAUUGAAACUCUGAGCAAUGGCAUGUCUCGCGGUCCUGUCUUUGUUUUCCAGAACCCUAGGCGGGCAGUCAUCUUUGCCCAAGCGCUACCGGGUAUGCAGAACGCAUUCGCUAGGUGGGCAGAAGCGACUAGCAAGCAUGUUAGGCUCAAGACUAUCGAACCUUCCAUCAUCGGUUCGCAGGUUCAUCUUUUGUGCACCUAUAGCUGUAGGAGCGCGACGGGACAGAACAUGGUCACGAAAGCCACACAGUACGCCUGUGACAAGCUGCGAGAGUCAUUCGCCGAUCAAUACAACAUCUUGGAUUUCUUCAUUGAAGGUCAGCUAGCUUCCGACAAAAAGCCCUCCUGGGGAAACGUGAAGAAGGCUCGUGGUGUUGAGACUUUAGUCUGGGGAACGAUUUCACGGGAAGCCUGUCAGAAGAUCCUCGGCUGCACCACCGAGCGCCUCUACAUGGCCCAGAAGACUCUCAAAGAAGGCGGGAUCAGGAACGGUCAGUUUGGUUCCAACAUAAACACGGUCAAUAUCAUCGCAGCCAUGUUCAUUGCGACCGGUCAGGACACUGCCAGCACCGCCGAAGCAUCCUGGAGCCAUCUGACCUCGGAACUUGACCCUAAGACUGGUGCGCUUUGCAUGAGCCUCUAUUUCCCGUCCCUGCCUGUAGGCACUGUCGGAGGCGGUACAGGAUACCCGAUGCAGAAAGAGGCUCUCAAGAUGCUGCGAUGCGACGGAGACGGGCCAGACCAGAAGGAACGGCUGGCCGGGCUCAUUGCAGCGUUCAGUCUUGCACUCGACGUCAGCACAAGCUCAGCUGUCGCGAACGACACCUUUACUGCCAGUCAUAUGAGGCUUGCUCGUGGAGAAACGCCGCAACCGCAUUUGUGAUUGAAUAUCGCUAUUGUCCUAUUUAUUUUGAGAUUAGGACGGCAAUAUCGCUUGGUCAGUCCAAUAAUAUAUAUAUGUAACUAGAGAAAGUGAGUUUUUUGCAGCAGAUAAAUCGGCAGCUGUGACUGGACUUCCCCUUUCUUAGCCGCCUUCUUCUCCUUCUAUGUCGAGUAACGAGUGCGUGGUAUAAGCUUUCUUUCAUUCUCUAUAUUUUAGCCUCUUGACCCUUUCAUAUCUCGCAACCUGAAGCUAGUUCGCGAGCUAUAAAGGGGGCUACGCAUCGACUCAUGUUGAGGUCGGCUCUCUGCAGUACCUGGACAAGCUUAUGGAGACACUAGCAGUAAAUGAAAGAAAAGAGAGGUGGAUCGUUGCGAUAAUGAUUAUUCUGCAUCACACACUAUCAUAUAAAUACAUAUCGGAAAAUAGUAGCCCCAGACUGAUAUAGUAAAUAGGCAGAGUAUGAGCGACUUGCAGAUUGGCUCGCUCGCGCCCAACCUCUUCAACAGUGAAGAAUCCCAAGUAACCCAAUUGAUUCGGAAUUGUCCCUAAUGCACAGAAGUCAGAAGGGCCACUAGAUCCACAGUCUUGUAUAUAUGGCCAUCCUUAGGUAGGAAUGCUAGGAUUCCACUUUCUGACUGUACGAAAAGCAGAGACUCUCCCUGCACGACUUGUACCUCGACCUUUGAUGUUUCUCUCGGAUAUGCUUCGAAGUCAAAUGUAAGCAGAAUCAUCGCAAGAUCCGGCAGCUUGAUCGUUGCAUCGCGGUGCUGACCCGCCAAAGUGACAUGUCCUUCCGCUACCUUGAAAGGGUCUUCGCCACGAUUGAAACAUAAGAUCCAUCUUGCAAGACUGAAAAAGCCAUUCUCUUCCAGUUUGUCAAAUGAGAAAGAGAUUGACUGGGAUGUGUGAGUCGGAACAGCAACAAAAUUGCGAAAGAGAUGCGAACUAUCCAGCACGUAUGCAGCGGACUCUCUGUCGAGAGCGAUGUUGAAUUGGUUUGUGAAGAUAAUCUUAGCAAGGUCCAGAGUUCCCUAUGGAGAUGGAUGGAGAGGUUAGUAUGUGUACGCCUAGAAUCAGGUAAUUCGGAGAAGACAUACUGCUUGUACAACGCAGUCGAUCUUCGCUGCUACGCCUGGCUCAUCAACAAGACGACGAAGAAGGUUGAAGGAUGCCCCUUCAGUAAACAUGGCACCGUCUGCGGCCAUAAUCCGUUCCGCCAAAUGACGGAAAUCAAGACAGCCUACAUCGAUGUUGGAGUUCUGCAGCUUCUCAUCGGCUUCUUUGAUACGGUUUUUGUACCAUCGCCUGAUCUCUUCCUGCCUUUGAAGACGAGGCAGCUUCAUGAAGCCAUAGAAUUCACUGAUCUCUUCCGGAGUGCGGUUGAACAGCUGCUCUUGGGCGUGACACUUGAGAUCACAGGACUCGUAUCGGACAGUGCAUCCAUAUCCACCAGGAUAGUUACUUUGGCCUGGCUUCGAGAUGUUCCUGGCAGUUCGUUGAGGCACCUUGCGAGGUCCCUGGCCAUGAGUGAAGCAUGUAGCUCUGAGUCCAGGCGCCUGGCCAUGAGUGAAUCAUGUAGCUUUGGGUCCUCUAAUGAGCUUUUGGAGGGCUUGACUGCCAUACUCAACUAAUUGUAGUUUCCAGCUUUAGCCAACAGAACUAACCCGAAAGGACGAAAAAUAAAGCUUCGAAACUUACCAAAGCCCGGUCUUCUUCGCUGAGGUUUGUGACCUGGCUUAUAGCCUGCUCUGUCAACAAGCCAUUUAGGCGAAUCUUGAGGGGAUUUCCGAGUUCAGGGAAGUGACGCUUGAGUAACCUGUCCAAUUGUUUUUGGUCAUCAGGUUUCAAAAUUGCCAGGCUAAAGUCAAUAGGCCGAGGCUCAAAUAUGAUAACCAAUUCGACGUCAGGCGCGUUUUUUGCCCAUUGUAACAGAAGCAUAAAUGCUGCUAUGUUGUCGGCAUCCGGGGCGUCAUUGCGGACUAUCACCAGCUUCUUGGUUUUUCGUUGGGCAGUCAUUUUGGCGUUUGAGUGAGGAGCGAAGGAAGAAUGGAAUGGCCGAAGCGAUGGCAGGAUAGAUAUCUAGUUGAAGGUGAAGAAGGCUAUGUACAUGAGCCCGCGGAAAGCAUUCUUACGCCAUAUAUAUAGUGAAAGAUCGGGCCGAUCCUCUGAUUCAGGCCUCCACAUUUUCGAUGGCUCAGCUGUGAUUCAGAUCUGG